AUGUACAGACAGUUUGUUCUGUCAAUCCUGCUUGCAGGCGUCCUGUGCCUGGUGGGCGGUGACACCCGCAAGACCCGCCUCCAAGGCUCCAUCCCCAACCCUUUCAAAGGGAACGGCAACACCUCUGACAAACGCACCCGUAAACAGGAAAUACUUGCCUCCAGCCAGGAAGCGCUGGUCGUCACAGAGAGGAAGUACCUGAAGAGUGACUGGUGCAAGACCCAGCCGCUGCGUCAGACGGUGAGCGAGGAGGGCUGUCUGAGUCGUACCGUCAUCAACAGGUUCUGCUACGGACAGUGUAACUCCUUCUAUAUCCCACGACACGUUAAGACGGAGCAGGAGUCUUUCCGGUCCUGUGCUUUCUGCCGGCCGCAGCGUUUCACCACGCUGACCGUAGAGCUGGACUGUCCCGACCUCCAGCCGCCCUUCCGGCACCGCAAGAUCCAGAGAGUCAAACAGUGUCGCUGUAUAUCGGUCUCCGUCGGUGACCCUGGGAAGCGGUGAUACUCGUCUCUCUCUCUCUCUCUCUUAUCAUCUUGGACAAUCCCUAGAUACUGUCCAGAUUGUCCGCUCACCUCACAGGAGACAGUUUGUACAAGACUCGAGUACAUGGAGGCUCAGGACAUGUAUUUCUACUGAAGGCACACAGAAUGAAUACAUAAAAGCUGAAGGGGCCCCACUUUCUCCAGAGUGAGACAUCUCACUUCCUCUACCGUCUCUGCAGAAAACAGACUCUCUCUCUAGAAGUACUGAGCGUGACAGAUGUUUCUAUGGAGCAGCUCUGUGUUGAUCAUACCAAGCACUCUGUAUAUAUACGAGACAAAACGGACAUUUUCUACAAUCCAGACCGAUUAAACCCAUACACUCUGUAGUUCAAAGAUGGUGGAUAAAUGAAGAUGUCUUACUCAGGCGGGUUUACCGUUAAAAACAAAAAAUGGUCACAAUUCCAGACUGCUUAAGGAAGUGCCUUUCCAAUAGACAACAAUGUGAUAGCAGCUGGGUCUGGUCUACUUAGUUCAUUAACUGUAUAUGAACCUGGGGGGGAAAAAGCAGAGUGAGACAUCUCACUUCCUCUACCGUCUCUGCAGAAACAGACUUACCUGGACCACAGGUCUCCUCAGCCU